AUGUCGGCGCCCAUCACGUCACUUUGGUGGCCAGAGGAUCGGGUGAAGGCCACCCUUUGCCCUGAAUACGUCUUCAGCCACCUACCCUCCAACAUUCUACAUCGUCUCGUCAACCCCUUACCCUGGGGAGAGGGUCUGACUAGCGAGUCCUACCUUGACUGGAUCCUCGCCAAGGCCGGUAGGCUCUUCCUAAUACUCGUUGACAUCGAAAUUCCGGAACGGAUCUUCGCCUUGGUAGAUGAGUCGCUGGACGAUUCGGAUCUACCAUUCUCGGCUCCCAGCACCAGCCGUCUUCCUCUAUCAGCUGAAGGUGACAACCCCGAUCUCGCCAACAAAUUCUUCCUCGCUCAAUGGCGGUUUACCGUACGUGGGAUCAAUGAAGGCGACCAUAUCAAGUAUACUCAGAACGAGGGGGUACCCGUGGAGCUUCUGCGCACAGGAACGGCACUAGUGAGGGAGGGCGUGGAGAAGGUCGUCCUGGCUGGCUCCAAGUGCCGUGUUCUUCUGCGGACACAAGUCACAAUUGGGGGCGCACCACAUUUCUUCGAGGAGAACGAGGUGCUGGAAGAAAUCCGCUCUUUGAGGAGAUUAGCUCAUAACCAUGUCUAUUCGAUCUAUGCGUCUUACUUCGUGGACACCACCGUUUGCACUCUUUUCUCGGGCAUAUACGAGCGUACAUUGAUGUCCUUCCUGACCGAUGUGCCUCAACCCUUUAAACGCCUCCCGAAAAACGAGCGCCGAGAAAUUCUAGUCAAUUGGCCACAUUGCUUGGUCAACGGACUAUCAUGGCUUCAUGCACAUAGCCAGCCACACAGUCUAAUUCGCCCCUCCAAUAUCCUGAUUGACGCAGAUUUUCGGAUUUUUUUGGGCCAGUUCGAGGCGCUUGAUACACUUCUAUCCCCGGUCAAGUUGGAUGACGUUGAAUCAUAUCAGUACGGUGCUCCAGAGCGCUGGGUGCGCUCUGUUAGUAUUCAAGAUACAAAUGCACCGCGCCCCAAUAUCGCUCUCCCAUCUGGAGGACGUUCCGCCCGCAAACAAGCGUCAUCUCGCCCGUCACUCCUGAGCCUUUCCAGAUUCCGAAGCUCCCAACCGUCAGAUCUAGAAUCGGAGGUUCCUCGCGCGGAUUCAGUCACGUCGCAAGGGACUGCCAUACGCAUUGGCCUGCGGGGCUCCCCUUCUCGGAUGUCUUUUACCAAUUCUUCCUCCUCUGGAUCGAGCACUGGGAGCGCUCGCAAGCGCGUUAUAUCCUCUAUAAAACGCCCUAUGUUCUACACGCCGUCCAUCACUUCGUCUAACUCCAACUCAUCGGGAUCAUCAAACGCUCCUUCUACUGUAUAUAGUCAGUUCGGAUAUCCGAUCAUCGGUUCCAACGCCGCAAUAGUUCAAACAUGGCAAACACGUCAGACCGACCCAGAAGCCUCAGAUAUCUUCUCUCUAGGAGCGGUGAUCUUGGAUAUCUUCACCCACCUAUGCAAACGCAAGCUUUCCGCCUUUGCUCAUCAUCGAGGGGCUAAGAACCGGACAGCCGGCCGUGGCGGCGGCGUUGCGGACUGUUCAUUCCAUCUAGACCGAAACGCCGGCCAAGUGAGCUCGUGGAUCACCUUACUGGACAGUGACGCAAAGAAACACAAGGAUCCCAUCUUCCAGGCUGUUCGACCUAUGCUUACUGUCGUGCGAAGCAUGCUCAACAGAGAUGCCAUUGAACGUCCGUCAGCUUAUCAGGUAGAGCAGCUGUUUGCCCACUCAAUCCAAAAACUGGACGGAACUCUGAGUUUGCACUGCACUUCCGACCUGCAAUGCCACGCUCCCAGAUCAAGGAAUCCCUUGCGCCUAGGUGCACAAGCAGCUACAUCAUCGGACAGACUAGUUGUGCCACGAGCAAAGCCGCCAGGAGCAAGAUCGCCAUCCCCAAGCAGUCUUUUGACUGCUGAAAACUCAUCUACUAGCUCCGGAGGACCCGUGAGCCUCCAACCUUCUCCUUCAGCCUCCGCCUCCCAUUUUAGCCUGCCUGAUCAACAAUGGACAGACAGUCAUGUCUACAGCAGCGAUACAGACCAAGAGCACGACAGAUAUACCUCCUCUGCCUCUUCCUCCCCUGCCCCAUGGCGCGAUCCAGAUCUGGCAUUAAGUCCAGCAGCGCACAACGAUCCGACUUGGAACUACAGCAUCGCCCUUGGAAAGCGCUAA